AUGGAUACUGUGAUGCGAAGGGGCCCAUGGGCAUUUGAUGAUAGGAUGUUAGUCCUUCUGAAAUGGACUCUUUUAAUGGAAUUGGAGCUGCUUAACUUCAUCAUGUUCUUGAUACAAGUCAGGGGCAUCCCUCUCCAGUUUAUGAAUCAUGAAGUCAUACAUCACAUUGUGAGAGCUAUGGGAGAGUAUAUCCAAAUGGAGUACAAUGAAGAAGCGGGAGGAAGAUGGAAUUUUUCCGAUUUGUGGGAUGCUCACUUAUAUUGGGCUUGUUUUAUCAACAAUGGUGGUCCAUGUCCAAAUGGAGGUGAUGAUCAUAAUGAAGAGGAAAAAGAUCUGAAAAAGGAGGAGAUGUACAAUCUUAUUCCCAAUAAUCAUUUUGGUGUUCGAGGAGAAAUAGAACAUGAUCUCAAAAAGAAAGCUUGGAUCGAUGAAGCUAAUGGAAGUAAGUCUAGGUUUGCUAGGGGUGAGAAAGAGGAAUCAAGUGGAAAUAAUGGUAUCGAAAGGAAGAAAGGAUAUACGUCACAAUCUAGUGAUGAGGAUGCGGAUGAAAAGAUAAAUGAUGAGUCUGAACAGAGAGGCGCGGUGGGCCCAUAA